AGUCAAUCAAUUGACAUGGGGAAGAAAAGGAGAUGGACUGACAAGAAAAAAAAAACCAAUACUAGACGCAAGGGUGUGGUCUAGCGAUUCAUUGGGAAUAAAGACCCUCUCCCUCGCCGCUUUCUCACCGGCACCGCAAGUGUCGCCAUCAUCACACAGACAUCGAGUCGCCACCAAGACAAGGCACACUCUGUCUGACCGCACCGCACACCCGCCGCCCUUUCCCUCUCGCCCUCUCGUAACCGCACGCGAUGGGGCUUCUCCAGGAGGUCGCGGAGCCCGUGCUCCAGCGGUUCUCCCAGCUGGGCACCGCGUCGCAGGUCGGAGCCGUCGUCGCCGGCGUCGUCUUCCUCUCCGUCUUCCUCAACGUUCUGAAGCAGGUCCUGUUCAGGGAUCCCACCAAGCCCCCCGUGGUCUUCCACUGGUUCCCCCUGAUCGGCAGCACCAUCACCUACGGCAUGGACCCGCCCCGCUUCUUCCGGGAGUGCAAGAAGAAGUACGGCGACGUCUUCACCUUUGUCCUCCUCGGCAAGCCAACCACCGUCUACCUGGGCACCAACGGCAACGAGUUCAUCCUCAACGGCAAGCUGCGCGACGUGUGCGCUGAGGAGAUCUACACCCCCCUGACCACUCCCGUCUUCGGCAAGGAUGUCGUCUACGACUGCCCCAACUCCAAGCUCAUGGAGCAGAAGAAGUUCAUGAAGAUCGCCCUCACCACCGAGGCCUUCCGCUCGUACGUGCCCAUCAUCUCGGACGAGGUCACCAACUACUUGAAGAGGACGCCCGAUUUCAAGGGUGAGCAGGGCGUGGUCAACAUCUGCCCCAAGAUGGCCCAAAUCACCAUCUUCACCGCCUCGCAUACCCUGCAGGGCAAGGAGAUCCGCGAUCAGUUUGACGAGUCGCUCGCUUCGCUGUACCACGACCUCGACAUGGGCUUCACCCCCAUCAACUUCCAACUGCACUGGGCUCCCCUCCCCUCCAACAGGCGCCGCGACCACGCCCAGCGUACCGUUGCCAAGAUCUACUCGGAAACCAUCAAGCGUCGCCGCGCCCGUGGUGCCGAUAAGGAGGCUCACGACAUUAUGUACCACCUCAUGAACUCGACCUACAAGAACGGAACCCCUGUCCCGGACCACGAGAUUGCCAACAUGAUGAUCGCCCUGCUCAUGGCCGGCCAGCACUCAUCGUCGUCAACCAGCUCCUGGAUCAUGGUGCGCCUCGCCUCGCGUCCCGACAUCAUGGAGGAACUGUACCAGGAGCAGGUGCGCGCGUUCGGUGCGGACCUGCCCCCGCUUACCUACGAGGACCUUGCCAAGCUGCCGCUCAACCAGGCCAUCAUCAAGGAGACGCUUCGCCUGCACGCCCCUAUCCACUCCAUCAUGCGCGCCGUCAAGCAGCCCAUGCCCGUUCCCGGUACCAAGUAUGUAAUCCCGUCCAGCCACGUCCUCAUGUCGGCUCCCGGUCACUCUGCCAGCGACCCUGCCUUCUUCCCGGAGCCGGAUCUGUGGGAGCCGCACCGCUGGCUGGCCGACUCGCACCUUGCACCCCGACUGGGCCCCGCCGCCGACGAGGACGAGGAGAAGAUCGACUACGGCUACGGUCUCGUCAGCAAGGGCACCGCGUCUCCUUACCUGCCCUUCGGCGCUGGAAGGCAUCGGUGCAUCGGCGAGCAGUUUGCCAAUGUGCAGCUUCAGACCAUCACUGCAAUGAUUGUCCGCGAGUUCAAGUUCCGCAACGUGGACGGUAGCAACAAGGUUGCCGGAACCGACUACGCCUCGCUCUUCUCCCGCCCUCUGGAGCCGGCCAACAUCCACUGGGAGAGGCGUCGCAAGUAGGGCUGCGACAUGCGCCCAUUCUGACGCGACCCAGACCAAAGACCUUUUUGAAACAAUAGAGGGGCAGAAGGGAAAGGAAACAUUGCAGUGUAUAUACCUAGAUUUUAUACCCUUACUAGACGAGACGGCUUGGCUGGUCUGCGUAUGACAGGAGGCACGUGGAUUUUUGGCACGGUAGCUCGUGCUUGAACGGAACCCGUUCGGCCGCAUGACGAGGACUGGCCUCUACUUUUUUGGAUAUGGCACACGCGUAACCUCGAUAAUCAUAAUAACUACUUCAUGUUUUCCA